AUGGCAACUUUAACCAACGGCCAGGUGGACGGCGCGGUGCACGGCGUCGGAGUGGUGUCGGCCAGCACGAACGGGCUCGUGAACGGAUUAAACCACAGCCACAGCCCGGCGGGAUGCCCGGCCACCAUUCCCAUGAAGGACCACGAUGCCAUCAAACUCUUCAUCGGUCAGAUCCCCCGCAACCUGGACGAGAAAGACCUCCGGCCCCUCUUCGAGGAGUUCGGCAAGAUCUACGAGCUCACUGUGCUCAAAGACCGCUUCACGGGCAUGCACAAAGAGUCCAGCAGAAACAAGCCAGGCGGAGGGCACGAUGACCCUUUAAGUGGCAUGUUGUCCGCUCGGUGA